GGAAAAACGACCGCGUGUUUAGAAAUUCUCUCAGAAUGGCGGUUCGCACACAGCAAAGAGCGCCAUAUCGACGCGGUAACCCCUCACAGACCGGUCCCUUUAUUCCACAAUUCCCCUUGGAUCUUGUUAUGUUAGAACCGAAUCUCAUCAUUCCUGCUGAUGACCAAAAACUAUUGCAAUGUUUAUUAGAUCAUCAUGGGAAAUUAACGCCAUCUCCUGAUUCUCAACACGCUCUGUCGAAUUUAAACAACAGAAUUUGUGAAAUUUUGGAUAAUAUUAUCGUAAAUCCGUCUACAUUCGAAUCUGGGCAAUUGGAUCAUGUUCGUUCAGUUGGAUCUUUCAAACUGAACACGUGGUUGAAUGGUUCAUGUAUAUCUGACUUGGCCUGCGUGUUUCGAACGCUCCCAACUCUUGAAGCUGUACAAAACUUAGCAAAUUUUGUUCGUCGUCAGUUGACAAGCAAUAAUUCACCAGCUGAACAUGUUAAUUCUAAAGUUGAAUUAGAAAGCUAUGGAUUUUCUGUUGCCUCAGGGGAUUAUAUGGUGCAAGUGUUAAUCACUACUACUCCAAUGAAUUUGAAUCGAACAAGUCCUGAUAUACAUAUUAGUUUAACUGCUCAAAAGAUUGCCUUGGCUUCAAUUCGUCAUUUAAGAUGGGCAGAAGAAAAUGCAACACAUACUACCGUGAAGGUUUUAAUUCGUAUCUUGAAAGAUUUUCGACGACGUUUUCGAGGUUUUGCUUAUAUGAAUUCUUGGUUGAUAGACUUGUUAGCUCAUUAUGUUGUAAUGAAUAAUCCAUCACGUCAACCCUUGCCACUUAAUCAUGCGUUCAGACGUGUAUUCCAUCUACUGGCCAGCGGUUUCCUUCUUCCUAGUAGUACAGGUUUAAUUGAUCCUUGUGAACAAGGAAAUGUACGUCUUCACUCGUUAAUGUCUCUUGUUGAACAGGUUAGUAUACGUGUAUGUAUGUGUACAUGUAAGAGUUUUACUCUCUUAUUCUACUAUUAUCUUGUGAGGGUUAAAAUCAUUGAAAUAAUCUGGAAAAAAAUUAUUAAAAAAACAGGAGAGAAAGAGAGCAAUACAUUACUAUUUAUUUCUAUUCUGUAGGAACCUCAAGAGUGUGUGCCAACGACAACCGCAUUCAUGCACCACAGAAUGAAUUUCAAAUGAUCUGUGUAGUUUCUUUAAAAAAUUACCACUCCAAGCUGAUAAUAAUUGUGGAUACUUAAAGCAAAUAAUACACAUCCGUCCAAGAUGCUACGCCGUGUCUUAAUGACUGAGUGGUCAUUUUAUGCACGAAACUAGGACUACUAGUUCGAUUUCAUUUAUAUUCUCGCUAUCACACAUUUUGUUUUAUUUGCCACUCACCAAGUAGAUGUACAUGGAUCUCAGUGUUGAUGUUUGUAUUGAGACUUGAUUUCAAUAUCUUUCGCUUCACACUCAGUCCGUUAUCUAUUGAGCUAGUUAGUCAAUACUAGGAUACCGAAGCAUGCACUUGAUGUGCCCCAAAUAAGAUAAACAUGUACUCAUCAAGACUGAUCAAUUACAAUCUUAAAUAUCAAAAACGAGUAAAAAACGAGUAUCCCUUACGUACAUAUGUAAGGCUAAUCGCAUUCAAAAUGUAUUUGUUUGUGAAAUAAGUUGUUAAAUAUUUAUAAUUGCUUCUUAAAUGUGUAAUGUAUUAUGUGUACUGUUGUUGAUAUUUCCAUUUCAUCUCUCUUCGUUCUUAAUACAAUUCUAAUAAAAUACUAGGAUGAAAUAUGUUGUACAGCUCAAGUACUAUUACGAAUUCUUAAUUACGGAGGUUACUCAUCAUUAUUCACUCAUAGUGAUUUGGAUGAUGCAUCAAGAGAACAAUUAUUAAAAGCCGCCGCAAAAUCGAUUGAUAAUCUGAGUAUACUAGAGUGGCCCGAACCAGUUGCAUUGCAUUCACAACAGAUAACAGAAAAUGGUAAAGUGAAAGUUGGAUAGACAGACAAAUAACCAAAUACAUUUGUUUUUUAAAUAAUGUUGCAUUUUCUGAAUUUUUUUAAUGAGGAGGUGGUUUUAUGAAUAUAUGUUUUUCUCAAAAUUCUCGUUUUGAAACUUAUUUUGAGUCCGUGAUACCAAGUAAAGAGUGAAAAAAUCUGAUUAUAAAUAUCUAAAACUAGGAGAUAUGUGCAGUUAGUACUAAUGUUGUAUCUGUCUAUCAUGGUAAUGACUAUCGUGACCUUGAAACUCAGAAUAGAUAAUGCUCUGGUGUGUGAAUAAGUGGAUACUGCCUUUGAGUCUCAGUGAGUCACAUAUUUACUCUGGGAUAUAUUUAGCUAAAGCGUUUGUCGAUUUUUUUGAAUAAAAUUUCCAGUGAAAUUGCUAUAUCCCUCUGUCUGAAUGUAAUUAAAUGAUGUCUUCGUGGUUGAAGUUAUGGAUAAUACGUUGAAUAGCCUACUUUCCCGUGCAACAUUGUAGACAAACAAACAAAUAAAAAGUGAAAAUCCAAACGUAAACGUCUAGCAUUUAUUUUCCCUGCUGUCGUUACUUCAUUAUUCGUUAGUGCUAUGUUUGGGGGGAUUUCGGUGUCACAUACAAGCGGCGAACGGAAUUAAAGUUAGCUACACAACAACAGGACAAACUAAGCUAUUCCACUGCAACUCAGCUCUGCUAAUUAUGGGAAGAGCAGAUUCGGUCGGGAAAAAUGCAUAUUCCAUAAUCAGUGCGAAAGAUUGAACGAACAGGCACACUACUUAUGCAUAUAUAUACAGAAAAACACGUCACAAAAUAGCCUACAAAAAUAGGCAAUUAACUAAUGAAUCAAUACAAACUGAAGGUAAAAGUGGUCGCUUUCGGCGCGAAUAUAUGUGAUUCAGAUUUCCAUAAUGGAGUUGCAAAAAUGAUACGUAUACCAAGUAAUUUCUGGGGAUCUGGCAUCCCCAACAAUUAGCAAACCACUGACAUUUCACUUGUUUACGGAAAUUUAGAAAUUUUAUUACUUG